AUGUUGGAUUUACUACUUGCUAUAUUUAUAAAAUUAGCAUCGUUUCUACAAGUGGAAUCUUAUAUUGUAUGUAAUGCCUGUACAUUUCAGCCUAUAGCAGCUGAAAUAAAUACUCACUAUCUUGGGGCAUUGGUACAUUAUUUGGACUUUGAAUUUCAAUUACCAUGCGAUUUUUAUAAUCCUAUAAUUACUGUUUCAGCUCCUAACAAUUUUUUAAUAAAUUCAUUAACUCUAUUACCAACUCAAAAUGUUGGUAUAUUUGAUGACUUUUCAACUGAAUGUGAAAUGCAAAAAAGUAUUGGAGAUUCCGAUAAAUCUAACUUAGAUAGUAAUAAUGAAUAUACAAGUAAUUUCACAGACAAACUAAUUAAAAGGAACUAUCCAAAUUGUUCAUUAUCUGCUGGUGCAGAAACGGAAUUCUCAAGUAUAUUAACUUCUUUAGGUUUUUUAUCAUGGCAGAUACAUUCACAGGAUACCCAAGAAUGCAUAUUAAUACCUUCAUAUAAAAUAUUGGAUAGAGAUGCUAUAAAACUUAAUGAUAAUCUCCCUAAUGGUACAUAUAUAUUGAGAUUUAAUCUAACAAAUCCCUAUUAUAUUAGUGAGUAUGGGUUUUGGAAUUUAAGUAUUACUAGCACACAAAAUAAUAUGCCAACCAUUCCAUACUGUAUAACUUCUAUGACCCACGAGGAUGUAGUGAAAGUAGUAGGGCCAUGGAUAAGUAACCUUGAAGUUGAUAGCUUCACUGUAAAUUUAUAUUUUUCUGGGAGUCAUAAUGCUGAGAUAAAUAUUGGAGUACAUACACCUUAUGAAAAAUUACAAUUAUUACUUCCCGACAGUUCAAAUUCUAGUAAUACUCAAUCUUCAAAACAUGCAUUACAACUAAAAUUGACUUUUCCACCAUGUCAAAUGCUUUCAUGCUUUAAUAUUUCGCAAGAAUUUGAACAUAAUUUUUGUAUAAUUGAAGAUAUAGAGAUAAGUAAAUGCUCAAUUGAAAGACGAGAUCCACAACUAGUACUUUUAAUUGAAUUGGAUUCCAAAAGUAUAUUACAAAGUCAAAAUAUAAAAAAUAAUUCUUCACUAAAUAUUAAAAUAGAAAAUUUGAUAUUACCAAUGAGUAUUAGUUCUGAAAGAGAUUCCUUUCUAGAUAUUGGAUUUUAUAUUAGAACAGCUCCAAUUCCUCAACCCUCUUUUAUAAAUUUUAAUUCUUCAAUUAUAAGCAAUGUAACUUUAGCUAAUAGCUGCUUAGGUGAGUGGCUACAAUACGUUGUAGAAAGCGACGAUUUUAUAAAGCAUGAUCUGUAUUAUACUCCUAUUUCAGUUACAAAAUAUACCCUCCCGUCAUUACAGCAUAUCGAAUUAUCAGUAAAAUAUAGAAUAACAACAUCCAAGUUUUUUCCUGUACUUAUAAAUGUUCCUCAAUUGACAAUAAGUAAUACAGACUCAUAUAGUUUAUGCUUAGCUCCACCACAAUCUGUAUCAUUUGAUCCAAAUAUUAUCCCUGAUUAUGCUAUAUACUCCCCAGAAUUACUAUCUGAAAUCAGAUUUCAAUCUUCUAAAUUACAACCUUAUAUUGAGGUAUCAUAUGAGAAGUCUUUAAAUUGUAUUUUAAUUAAAAAUAUAACAUCAUCUAAUCCUUUACAAUGUGUUUUGGUUGCUUCAAGAACCGAGAAUAAUUCCAUGAUAUUUAAUAAAUAUGGAGAAUAUUUUUACCCAUUGUAUAACUCUUUAGGAAAUUGGAAUAUUAAAUUUUAUAAAGGAUAUCAAUCUUCAAUGAUUUAUAGCAAAGAUAUAUUAGGAGAGAUUUAUAAUCCCUAUAAAACAAAUAUUACUGAAAUAUCAGGACCAGUCAUAUUGAAAAAUCAAAAUUCUCAAUAUUAUAAUUUGUUGGUGUAUUUGCUUCUAUCUGAAGUUCAAAGAAGUAAGGUAAUUGCAGUGAAAUUGAGUUUACCAUUUGAUUCAAUAAAUUUAAUAUCUGAUCAAUGUGAAGCAAAAUUAUUCAGUCCAAAAGGAGAUAAUCAAAAUUUAAUUAAUAUCACUACAUCUUGUGAAGAUAACUCGAUUAUUUUAAAUAUUAAUAGCAAAAGUAAUAUUGAAAAAGGCUGGUGGACUAUCUGCACUAACAUAUCUCAGCCAGUUCCUUCUAUUAUGCAAACUACUUCAUUUGUACAUAUUUCAGUAGCCUCUUCAGUUUCACUAAUUGAUUCUCCAUAUUUAACAUCUACUCUAAUUUUAGAUUUGAGAAGAACAUAUCUUGGCCCUUACAUUUGGCCAGUUCCUGUAAUAUUAAAAGAUAAUACAAAUAUUUAUGAGAAUAUUAAAUACCAGUCAAUAGAUAUUGUAGUACAGCAGCAAGGCUCAUCUUAUCAUCCAUUUCCACUUCUACCAAAGCAGAAUAUAUAUAUAUCAAGCAAUUCUCCAUAUAGUACUUUUUUAGCCCUUUCUGGUAAACCAAAAUUUUUGCUUCUCUACAUUGUUGACCAAUAUUCUAUUAGUUUGGAUGAAAAAAGUAGAAAUUUUGUAUUUCCCAAAAUAUUCCCAAAUACAGAUAUAUUAUAUGAUUGUUUGAUAUUAUUUUUAGGUAAUACAAAAUAUAAACAUCCAUCAUUUAGACCUUGUAAAAAAUCCCUUGAAUAUAUAAAUUCAUAUAAUACGUCAGUAAUUGAUAUCGCAAGUAAUAUGAAGGUAAUGGUAAUGAACCUUCAAAAACAGCUGAAAUAUUAUCAAAAUUAUAAGAUGACUAUAGUCAGCAUAAUUUCAAGUGUUGAAAAUAGUGAAAAUAUUGACUUACAAAUUACUAGUAGCAAUCUAAUAAAACCUAGAAAUAAUAUUGUUUAUUACAUGAUACUGAAAUCAAAUACAAACUUACCACCAGGUACACUGAAAUUGAAGUUGGAUCCUUUUCCAUGGUUCUUUGAUACAGGUUAUGAGCUUGAAAAUCUUUUAGCUAAAAGACAUAUUGAAAAUUUAUAUAUGGUACCUCAAAGCUUAAAGAUUUUACGUUCUUGUUUUUCAGAACAACCAAAAUUUUCAAAAGAUGAUUCAAGCAAGUUAGUUAGUCUUAAAACCAACCUCUCAUAUUUAGAUGGUCCCAUAAAUACCAUUGAAGAAAAUAUAAUUCCAAGUAUCCCUGGUUCUUGUAAUAGAAAAUUACUUGAAUCAUCCUCAAGAUCAUUAUUUAAUCCGAGUUUAUUCUUAAUAAUUAGCUUAGUUUUAAUAACCUCUAUAGUUUGA